UUUUUAAUUAAUAUUUUUUAGAAUUAUUUUUUAGAUAUAUUAUUAUUAUUAUUAUAACAGAAACAGGUUGACAGCAGCAGUUGCCAGGUCGAGGUAGAAAUUGGUAGGUGGCGGAAUCGAUAGGUUGUUUUUAGACUACCUGAACUGGCGGAGUCGAUACUGGCGGAAUCGAUGCUACAUUGGCGGAAUCGAUAGGUCCCCAUUUUUGUGCACUCCAAAAUUAUUUACUCAAUUUUACACGAUUCAUAGCAUUAUAUAUACAAAUGUGAUAUCAUUAGUUUACGUUAUUUUGCCCGAUAAGUCUGAAGAUACAUAUCGCCGAAUGUUUGUUGCAUUAAAUUCGAUUAAAUCUAAUCUUAAUCCAAAACAUUUCAUGUUAGAUUUUGAAAAGGCCGCCAUGAAUGCUGUAGUACAUGUUUACCCUGAAACACAGGUUAAGGGUUGUUUUUUUUCAUUUGGGUCAAUCUUUUUGGUGUCAUAUCCAAAGUUUGGGACUUCAGAAAAAAUAUUCAGAAGAUCCAGAAUUUUCAUUAUGCUUACGUAAAUUAUUGGCUUUAGCUUAUGUCCCAGAAAAUAAAGUUAUUGAUUCUUUUGAAUCAUUAAUUAGUACAGAUUUUUACGAAAAAAAUCAAAACUCAUUAACUGAACUUCUAAAUUAUUUUGAAGAUACGUACAUCGGUAGACCGAACAGAAGGAGUCAUAGAAGACCUGCAUUAUUUGAUAUUAGUAUUUGGAAUUGUUAUGAAUUAAUCCAAAAAGAUAUUCCAUGCACAAACAAUGCAAUAGAAGGUUGGCAUAACCGUUUUAAUUCUAUGUUGAAUGCAGUUCACCCGUCCAAAUGGACAUUUAUUAAUGCAUUAAAAAAAGAAGACAAUUUAAAUCAAUUCAAUGUCAAACAAGCAAUUGCUGGAUAUUCACUUCCUAAAAAAAGAAAAUAUAAAGAUUCAGCUUUACGGAUUAAAAAUUUGUAUUGCAAUUUGAAAUUAAACCUAUUGAUGGAUAUUUAA